AUGCUGGAGCUCUGCCCAGACAAUCCUGCAGCGAGCUUGGAGAGCUUGGAGAGCUCGGAAGUCGCAGUUCUCCCGGACGCCAAGGCCAUGAUGGCAUCGCUCUAUUCUGAACGUGCCAAAGCGUGCAUGCGACUGAAAGACUGGCUUGUGCAGCCGUACCUCUAUCGUGCUCAGGCUCUUCAGGCCCUUGAACGUCAUGAGGAUGCAGUUAAAGAGCUUGAGUCCCUCCUUUCUUGGCAUCCAAACGAAAGUGUGUAUCACAAGUUUGAAGAUGCAAAGUUUUUGCUGAGGAAGCACAAGCGGAAGAACUACUACGAAGUUCUUGGAGUGCCAUCCGUGGCAUCCCAACUGGAGAUCAAAAAGGCUUACAGAGAGCGCGCAGCCGAGUGGCACCCGGACAAGAAAUCUCACCUGGACGAGGAUCAAAGAAAAAAUGCUGAAGAGAUGUUCAAGGUGAUUGGUGAAGCCUACGAAGUGCUGACAGAUCCAACUAAGAAAGAACUCUACGAAAAAGGCUAUGACUUGGAGGGCAUCAAUGAGCAAAUUGAGCUCAAGAAAAGGAUGAUUAAGAUAUUUGGAGUGGGUCGAGGGAAGCGGGCUGAGGAGUCCAAGGAUGGCGAUGCCGAGGCGCCGGCAGCAAAGAAAAAGCAGCCUGGCGAAAUUCGAAUGCAAAAGGAGUUGGAUGAAAUGGAGCUGCCACCGCAGUGCCAUAUUGACUUUCCGGACAAGAACAACCUGAUGCACUUUAACAUUACGAUCUCACCUGACGAGGGUUUUUGGAAAGGAGCAAGCUACACCUUCGUGUUCAACGUUGCUGCCUUGUAUCCUCACGAGGCCCCGAAAGUAAAAUGUGAGACGAAGAUUUACCAUCCAAACAUUGAUAUGCAGGGCAAUGUUUGCUUGAAUAUCUUGCGGGAAGAUUGGAAGCCUGUGCUCUCCAUCUCUUCAGUGGUCUAUGGGCUUCUGUAUCUCUUCCUAGAGCCUAAUCCUGGCGAUCCGCUAAACCAUGAAGCUGCUGAGGUCUUGAGGAACAACAGAAGUGAGUUUUGUCGGAUUGUGGCCAGGACCUUGAGGGGUGGUGCGGUGGCAGGCGGAAUCAGUGGUGUAGCAAAUGCUGCCCUGGCUUGGUGUCAGAGUUUGCUGUCUCCAGCGGGACUGGCUCAUAGUUUGUCUCUGGUCUGUUUUCUUGCACAAGUGAUUCUCAUCAACGUCUUUUUGGUUCAAUACCUUAGCUCGACGGUCCUUUUGACCAUGACGAUAGAUGUGCCCUUGUUGCUUCACCUUGCAUGGUUUUGGAGAGUGGACAGUUCCUAUCGCGCAGCACCAACACAGUGGUUUUGUUACUCUUGGGUGCAUGCAGCGAAGGUUGUCGUGCUUUUUUGCCGCGUGAUGCCACGUUUGACGAGCUCCACUCCAGCAGUCACGGAGGAUGUGCUCCGUGGCAGUGACUUCAGCAUCAAUGCCUCCUAUUUCCAGGACUUGUUUAGUCCAACCAUGCUUGCAAACCUCUUGCUGAUCACGCCAGUGUUCUAUGCUUUGCUGAUGUUUCGCACGAGUAAGGCAAUUUUCGGUUCGUUGUCCAAACGUGUCACUGUGGACCUCAUUAUGCACUAUGAUAUGUUGUGGCAUGUGGUUAUUGAUAUGGUCGACCAGGUGGACAUGUUUUACUAUGCGCGUCUAGCAGAAUGGGCGGCCACCUCAGGUUGGAAGCGAAGCCCUCGAGCAACACAAGAAUUCCCUGGUGCUGAUCCAAACGGCACAUUGGCAGAUAAGAAAACCAAUGCAAAGAGCAUCAAGAGCAUCAAGAGCAUUUGGGUUGUGCACUUGAGGCUUCGGCUUCCGGAAGGGACAGCCUUCGCAGGUCAGUCCUGUCGCAGGGGUCCGCCACGGCCUGAGAUACGCCCUUCAGUGCGGAACAGCUUGAGCCAACUCAUCGGAGCAGUCAAGCUAGACCAGGGACGGAGCGUGCCUGGUUUGAGCGACAAGAAAGGGCUCGUCGACGCAGAUUACAGGCAGACAUGUUCUCAUGUGCGAGCCGGUGUGAGCCGAUGUGAGCCGAUGUGCAACUUCAUCAUCGGACUCCAAGGCGUGAUGAACCUCAUUCAGCGGCACAACAUCAUCAUUGCGAGGAAGAGGUCUGCCAUUGCUUCCAUUUUUCUUAUCGACAUCCCAUUUUUGACUAUUCGGGUUUGGCUUUGGGCUCUGCUCCAGCAUACAUACUUUCCUGGACUUGGGAUCAAGAAUGGGCUUUGCAUUGUUUUGAAUGUUAUGCAGUAUACACUGGUAGCGCUCGCGAGCAAAGAAUCCUUCAAGAGGAUCAAACGCGAGAUUGCGGAAUACAUCACGAGGUUUCAUAGUGGUACAUUGAAGGAAGAGGCUGAAGGAGAGUCUUACGGAGAACGAUCCGGCCAGGAGGAAGGUGCGAGUCAGUCAGUCUUGGAUCAAAGUGUUUCAGAGCUCAUGCACCAGGAUUCGGUGCCAUCACUCUCUGCAUCCAAGGAGCAGGCUCAUCAGAUGAAGCAGGCACUUCACAAAGUAGGUCGGGACACUGCAAGGGGUGUUGGAAUUUGUGUAUAUAUUUUUGCAUUGACACUAGCUUUUGCAGCCGGCUUCAUCAUUGCUCAAGGUGAGACUGUGGUGGAGCUAUUUAUCGCAUGGGUUCAGGAGACGAUUGAGAAUCAGGCACUGCUCACCUCUUGUUUUGCCUGA